CUCUCUGUUCGGUCAACAAGGGAGUCAGGGUAUCAACAUGGUCGUCAUCCGGCUCUGCAUGUGUUCAUCUCCUCCAUCAUUGAAAAUCUCAUUCACACCCUCCAUCUUAGCAUCAACUCAUGGCCAAGAACCACGUCGACUGCCUCUCUUGUUCUCAGAUAUGUCCCCGGAAUGCCAUACAAAGCUCGCCGAACGGACCUACAAGACCCUCAUGGGCGAAGCCAAGGUCAAUUACGAGUCUGGUAAGCCCACGAAGGGUAUUGCUGCGCGUUUAGUGGAGAAGGAGUUGAAGGGAGGCGACAACAGCGUGAAGAUCACGGCUGGGGGAGAUGAAGACGGCGAUGGCGAGCCAGAUUAGAGGGAACAAUAUUGGGCUUUGGCUACCUUUUAUCUGAUGGGAAGCGGCACGCAGCACAGAGUUUGAUGCCUUUCACUUACCCCAAUAUGGUGAAGAAAGCUCUCACCAAAGAGGUCCACCGUUCCUAUUGCUAUUCCUCACGCUAGUGUUCAACCCCGGAGGUGCUAUGGUAAUUCCUAACAUCUGGACAAUGCAACAAGACCCCAAGAUCUAUCCCGAAGCCCGAAACGUUCACCCCAGAGCGCCACGUCCGGAACUCUCAACUGGCCUUUCGCACGGUUUUGGAUAGGGAGGCGGGGUAUCGUCACCUUGUGGACUGUUGCGAAGGUCGAGGAGCGAGGAGAGGGCGAAGUUGUUUCUAGUUGGAGAGCCGUCGUUGAAUCUGGGGAGAUUUGACUCGGAGGGUGCACUUAUCCAUUUGAUGAUUUGUCUGUCUUUCCUUUGUUCUUCCUUUUACGUUGUGGCUACAUCAAGUUCUGGUUCGAUGUGGUACAGCGGUAAGCUUGUAUAAGAGGACUCGCAUGAUUACAUCUACCUCGCCCAUCGCGAAAUGGAACCGUGACGUCGCGUCUGA